GAAUCACAGUUUAACGCAAGCCGUGAUAAUGAUAAGAACGUUAGGAAAAAAUGGCGGCAAUAUAAUAAUGAAGAAAACCAGGGUCAAGAAACGUGAUGGAUCUUUUUUAAAUUUGUGUUUUUUUGGUGUCCCGAAGGAUCGGAUUGACGACUUGGUCGAGUUUCAAAUGAACAAUUAUGUAAGUUACGAGUUGACGUAUCGUAUUUCAGGUUUACCAUACAGUAAAGAGGCUCUAACUGAAUAUAGAGACAUUUUGAAAAGCAAACUUUCCGAUCCUUCAACUUUUACUCUAGUCUGCUGUGAAGAAAAAGACAACAAAAUUCUGCCGAAAAUCAUAGCAAGCGACUCUGUGAGGUUGAUAAAACAAGGAGAACCAUACAACAAUGAUAUUCCACCAAAUUUAAAGACAACAGAGGUCAAGAAUUAUUUCCGAAUCCUACGAGAUUGGAAUAAUUUGUUUCCAGUUCCCGAUCUCAUGAAGAAGUAUAAUUUAGACUGCUUUUUUGAUGGACAAGGAACUGCGGUUCAUCGCGACUACACUGGGAAUGGAAUUGUUUACCAUAGUAUGAGUAUUAGGCGUCAAGUUUGUCAAACACUUGGUGUACCAAUGGCUGGUGCAUGGUUGACGACAGUUGCCACUGAAAAAGCUACCAAGCGAACCGGAUGGGAAGUAGUACAUGAAACAAGCCGAGAACAACUGGAAAAAGUAUUGAAUUUAACACUAGAAAGUACACCUUCUACUUAUAAGUAUUCUAUUUUGAGAGCUUAAAGUCAAACGCAUUUACGGGUGGAAGUGCCCGUACAAUAAAAAAAUAGUAGGAAA